AUCUUUGAAUGUCGGUCUGUAAACUAAAAGCUGAAAACACAAAAAGGGCUCCCGGUGCAGUGUAAAUUAUUAUAAAAAAUAAUUGACAUUGGCAUUGGUGUGCAAGCAUGGGGGAUGUUGUUCAAAAUAGAGUGGCAGAAUUUGCUCAUGCUGUCAAGGAAAGAUUUGGCCAUUAUCCGCAUUUUUCGGCUGUCAAUUUCAUGACAUUAAUUUCAUUAACUGCAUCAGGUGCUAUGGUGUUUGGUGGAGUUGUCCCGUAUAUACCGCAAUACCAUGACAUAUAUACUUCAUCUAACACUGAUGGUUUUUCUACGUAUGUUUGUCUGGCAUUAUUGAUUGCUAACAUUUUAAGAAUUUUGUUCUGGUUUGGUCAUCCAUUUGAGCUGCCAUUACUUGCACAGAGUGUUAUAAUGAUCAUUGCUAUGUUGGUGAUGUUAGAAUUGUGUAUAAGAAUAAAACGUGGAAAUGAAUUGACAGCCAAAAGACGAAAGUUUACAGAUUGCGAUUGGGGAAGCUUUUGGAAUUGGACACACUUCAGUGACUACCUCAAGUUUUUAGUUCUCUUUGUAUUGGUUGGUUCUAUCGUGACAUUCUGUCUGGCGAAUUAUCCUGUCUAUUUGGAAACUUUAGGCUUUGUAUCAGUGUUUACUGAAGCCAUGCUUGGCGCUCCUCAGUUUUAUAAGAAUUACUAUAACAGAUCAACUCAUGGUAUGAGUGUCAAAAUGGUUGCCAUGUGGUUUUGUGGUGAUACCUUCAAAACAGGUUAUUUCAUCAUCAAAGAUGCCCCUGUUCAGUUUAGUGUCUGUGGAAGUUUACAAGUCACUAUAGACAUUGCCAUUUUGUAUCAAGUUCUCUAUUAUCGUAGAAAACAGAUUACUUCUAAAGAUUAGGCAAAAAUAUUACUCUAUAUUUUUUUUACUUAUAUGACUUGCUUGUAGCGUUUUGUAUUUAUAGACAUGUCUGUUUCAGCUGUACAAAAUUAUUUGAUAUGCUGUUAUUUACAGCUUUUAAAAACAAUAAAUUAUGUAUAGUUUUUGGAAACAAUAAUCGGUCGUAUGGUGAAUAUUUUCUAUUGAAUCUUUUUUUAAUCUUAAUUCUUGUAUAUAAAUAUUAUUAUUGUUAUUAUUGUUAAAAUUCAUAAGGAAGA